GAACGAGUCUUUUCAUAAGCUCGGAUCUCCCCUGGAAUCUAAAGCCUCCUCAGCCUCCUAAGUCAGCCUGAGAGAACUGGCUCUAAUUUCACCUUGGAAUUCUGUGCUUAUAAUUCAGCAUGUCCAACUUCCAGAAUACCACAUCCUCUUCCAUCAUUUUCCUGCUAACCGGUGUUCCUGGGCUGGAAGCCUUCCACAUCUGGAUCUCCAUUCCCUUCUGCCUUCUCUAUAUAACUGCCCUCUCGGGAAACAGCCUGAUUCUCUUUGCCAUUGUCACUCAGCCCAGCCUCCACGAACCCAUGUAUUAUUUCCUCUCCAUGCUGUCCACUACUGACCUCGGCCUGUCCAUAUCCACCCUAGUCACCAUGUUGGGUAUAUUCUGGUUCAAUGCCAGGAAAAUCAGCUUUAAUGCCUGCUUGUCACAGAUGUUCUUUAUUAAACUCUUCACUGUCAUGGAAUCCUCAGUGCUGUUGGCCAUGGCCUUUGAUCGUUUUGUAGCCAUCUCUCAUCCUCUCAAGUAUGCAACCAUUUUAACUGACUCCAGAAUAGCUCAAAUUGGAGUAGCAAUUGUCAUCAGGGGGACACUUAUGCUGACACCAAUGGUAGCCCUUCUGAAAAGACUGUCGUACUGCCGCAGCCUCGUGCUACACCACUCCUAUUGCUUCCACCCCGAUGUGAUGAAGCUCUCCUGCACAGACACCAAGAUCAACAAUGCGGUGGGGUUGACAGCCAUGAUCUCUACUGUCGGGGUGGACUCAAUCCUCAUCCUCCUUUCUUAUGUUUUGAUCAUUAAGACUGUCCUCGGCAUUGCAUCCCCAGAAGAGAGAAAGAAAGCUUUCAGCACAUGCAUCUCCCAUAUUGGGGCUGUUGGUAUUUUCUAUAUCCCAUUGAUCAGUCUAUCCUUUGUUCACAGAUUUGGAAAACAGGCCCCACCAUAUGUACAUACUAUGAUCGCUAACACCUACCUGCUGAUCCCACCUGUGAUGAACCCCAUCAUUUACAGUGUGAAGACCAAACAGAUACGUAGAGCUGUGAUAAAAAUUCUCCAUUCUAAAGACAUAUAGAUGCAUAGAAUUCUAGCCACUCUACAUCGAGUCAUGCUAUUAAAAAGAGAACUAGUGCUCAGUAAAACUGAGCAAAAAAUUACAGAUUGGGUUAUAUGUAGAAUAUCAGCUAGCUUGACGCCUUUAUUUU